AGCUGCUGCUCCUUGAGCUCACAACCCCAGGCCGGGGCCAGGCGGCAGCGACUCCGCAGGCUCCUGGGAAGUGGAUCCGCUCCGGGCCACCGCGAUGCCUGGAGUCGCCGGGGUCCUCCUGGCGCUGCUGCUGAGCGGAGGCGUCGGGGGCGCCCGGGCACAGGAGCCUCAGCAGCCGCCGCGGCAGACGCAGGCGCAUCAGCAAAGAGGUUUAUUUCCUGCUGUUCUGAACCUUGCUUCUAAUGCUCUCAUCACCACAAAUGCAACAUGUGGAGAAAAAGGACCUGAAAUGUACUGCAAGUUGGUAGAGCAUGUCCCUGGGCAGCCUGUGAGGAACCCCCAAUGUCGAAUCUGCAAUCAAAACAGCAGCAAUCCCUACCAGAGACACCCAAUUACAAAUGCUAUUGAUGGAAAGAACACUUGGUGGCAGAGUCCCAGUAUUAAGAAUGGAAUUGAAUAUCAUUAUGUGACAAUCACCCUGGAUUUGCAGCAGGUGUUCCAGAUUGCCUAUGUGAUCGUGAAAGCUGCCAACUCCCCUCGACCUGGAAACUGGAUUUUGGAACGCUCGCUUGAUGAUGUUGAAUAUAAGCCUUGGCAGUAUCAUGCUGUGACGGACACAGAGUGCCUAACCCUCUACAAUAUUCAUCCCCGCACUGGACCUCCGUCCUAUGCCAAAGACGAUGAGGUCAUCUGCACUUCAUUUUAUUCCAAGAUACACCCCUUGGAAAAUGGAGAGAUUCACAUCUCUUUGAUCAAUGGGAGACCAAGUGCUGAUGAUCCUUCUCCUGAACUGCUAGAAUUUACUUCUGCUCGCUAUAUUCGCCUGAGAUUCCAGAGGAUCCGCACAUUGAAUGCUGAUUUGAUGAUGUUUGCUCACAAAGACCCAAGAGAAAUUGACCCCAUUGUCACACGAAGAUAUUACUACUCGGUCAAGGACAUUUCAGUUGGAGGGAUGUGCAUCUGCUAUGGUCAUGCCAGGGCUUGUCCACUUGAUCCGGUGACAAAUAAAUCCCGCUGUGAAUGUGAACAUAAUACAUGUGGUGAUAGCUGUGAUCAGUGCUGCCCAGGAUUCCACCAGAAACCUUGGAGAGCUGGGACAUUCCUGACUAAAACUGAGUGUGAAGCAUGCAAUUGUCAUGGGAAAGCUGAUGAAUGCUAUUAUGAUGAAAAUGUUGCCAGAAGAAAUUUGAGCUUAAAUAUACAUGGAAAAUACAUUGGAGGCGGCGUGUGUAUCAAUUGUACCCAAAACACUGCUGGUAUAAACUGUGAGACAUGCAUUGAUGGUUUCUUCAGACCCAAAGGGGUAUCACCAAAGUAUCCAAGACCAUGCCAACCAUGCCACUGUGAUGCAGUUGGUUCCUUGAGUGAAGUCUGUGUCAAGGAUGUGAAGCAGGCUCGCAGAGGUCUGGCACCUGGUUCCUGCCAUUGUAAACCUGGCUUUGGAGGUUUGAGCUGUGAUCGGUGUGCCAGGGGCUACACUGGCUACCCAGAGUGCACACGCUGUAAUUGCAGUGGCUUAGGGAGCACAAAUGAAGACCCUUGUUUUGGACCCUGUAACUGCAAGGAGAAUGUUGAAGGAGAAGACUGCAGUCGCUGCAAAACCGGCUUCUUCAAUUUGCAAGAGGAAAAUCGUAAAGGUUGUGAUGAAUGUUUCUGCUCAGGGGUUUCAAACAGAUGUCAGAGUUCCUAUUGGACCUAUGGCAAUAUACAAGACAUGAGUGGCUGGCAUUUGACUGACAUCUCAGGUCACACUCGCAUGGCCCCUCAGCAGGACAACUUCGGUACACCUCAGCAAAUCAGCAUCAGCAGCGUGGAGGUCCAAGGAGCUUUUCCACAGAGCUACUUCUGGAGUGCACCGGCUCCAUACCUGGGAAACAAACUUUCAGCAGCUGGAGGACAACUGACAUUUACUGUAUCAUAUGACCUGGAAGAGGAGGGAGAAGAUACAGAACACGCACUACAACUUAUGAUUAUCUUAGAGGGAAAUGACUUGAGAAUCAGCACAGCCCAAGAUGAAGUGUACCUGCAGCCAUCUGAAGAGCGUAUUAACGUAUUGUCACUUAAAGAAGACUUUUUUACCUUACAUGGCACAAAUUCCCCAGUCAGUAGAAAAGAGUUUAUGACUGUGCUUGCAAAUUUAAAGAGAGUCCUCAUACAAAUCAAAUACAGCCUUGGGAUGGAUGCCAUCUUCAGGUUAAGCUCUGUUGGCCUUGAAUCUGCUGUCCCUUAUCCUACUGAAGGAAGCAUCGCCACGGCUGUGGAAGUUUGUCAGUGUCCACCAGGGUACACUGGCUCCUCUUGUGAAUCAUGUUGGCCUCGGCACAGGCGAGUUAACGGCACAGUAUUUGGUGGCAUCUGUGAACCAUGCCAGUGUUUCGGUCAUGCGGAAUCCUGUGAUGACAUCACCGGAGAAUGCCUGAACUGUAAAGAUCACACAGGUGGCUUAUACUGCAAUAGAUGUCUUCCUGGUUUCUAUGGUGAUCCUACUAAAGGAACCUCUGAAGAUUGUCAGCCAUGUGCCUGUCCACUCAAUAUCCCAUCUAAUAACUUUAGCCCGACGUGCCAUUUAGACCGCAGUCUUGGAUUCAUCUGUGAUAAAUGCCCUGUCGGGUACACAGGACCACGCUGUGAGAGGUGUGCAGAAGGCUAUUUUGGACAACCUUCUGUACCUGGAGGAUCAUGUCAGCCGUGCCAAUGCAAUGACAACCUUGACUUCUCCAUCCCUGGCAGCUGUGACAGCUUGUCUGGCUCCUGUCUGAUAUGUAAGCCAGGUACAACAGGCCAGUACUGUGAGCUCUGUGCUGAUGGAUAUUUUGGAGACGCAGUUGAUGCAAAGAACUGUCAGCCCUGUCGCUGUAAUGUCAAUGGCUCCUUUUCUGAGGUUUGCCACACUAAGACAGGACAGUGUGAAUGCAAACCCAAUGUGCAAGGGUGGCGGUGUGAUGAAUGUAAGCCUGAAACCUUUGGCCUGCAAUCAGGAAGGGGGUGUGCUCCCUGCAACUGCAAUUCUUUCGGGUCUAAAUCAUUCGACUGCGAUGAGAGUGGUCAGUGUUGGUGCCAGCCUGGAGUCACAGGGAAGAAGUGUGACCGCUGUGCCCAUGGCUAUUUUAACUUCCAGGAAGGAGGAUGCACAGCUUGUGACUGUUCUCAUCUGGGUAAUAACUGUAACCCAAAGACCGGACAAUGCAUUUGUCCUCCCAAUACCAUUGGAGAAAAAUGUUCUAAAUGUGCACCUAACACCUGGGGUCACAGCAUUGUCACUGGUUGUAAGGCAUGUAAUUGCAGUUUAGUGGGAUCCUUGGAUUUCCACUGCAAUAUAAACACAGGCCAAUGCAACUGUCAUCCUAAAUUUUCGGGUACAAAAUGUACACAGUGCAGUCAAGGUUAUUGGAACUACCCUCACUGCAGUCCCUGUGAUUGCUUCCUGCCUGGCGCUGAUGACUCGACCUGUGAUUCAGAGACAAAGCAGUGUUUCUGCAGUGAUCAGACUGGUCAGUGCACUUGUAAGGUGAAUGUGGAAGGUGUGCACUGCGACAGGUGCCGUCCUGGAAAAUUUGGACUGGAUGCCCAGAAUCCGCUUGGCUGCAGCAGCUGCUAUUGCUUCGGCGUGACUAGUCAGUGCUCUGAAGCACAAGGACUGUUCCAUACGCGGGUGACUCUGAAGCCUGAACAGACCAUUCUGCCCCUGGUGGACGAGGCACUGCAGCACACAACUACCAAAGGCAUUGCUUUUCAACAUCCAGAGAUUAUUGCACAUAUGAAUCUGGUGAAACAAGAUCUCCAUUUGGAACCUUUUUAUUGGAAACUUCCAGAACAAUUUGAAGGAAAGAAGUUGAUGGCCUACGGUGGAAAACUCAAGUACACCAUCUAUUUUGAGGCUCGGGAAGAGACAGGUUUCUCUACGUAUAAUCCUCAGGUUAUCAUUCGAGGUGGGACUCCUACUCAUGCUAGAAUUAUCAUCAGGCAUAUGGCUGCUCCUCUAAUUGGCCAAUUGACAAGGCAUGAAAUUGAAAUGACAGAGAAAGAAUGGAAAUACUAUGGCGAUGAUCCGCGUGUCAGUAGAACUGUGACCCGUGAAGACUUCCUGGAUGUACUUUAUGAUAUCCAUUAUAUUCUUAUCAAAGCUACUUAUGGAAAUAUCAUGCGACAAAGCAGGAUUUCUGAAAUCUCCAUGGAGCUAGCUGAACAAGGACAUGGAAUAGCAGGGGCUCCUCCAGCUCACUUGAUAGAAAGAUGUGACUGUCCCCCUGGCUAUUCUGGCUUUUCCUGUGAGACAUGCAUGCCGGGAUUUUAUCGACUGCGCUCCGAGCCCGGAAGUCGUGGCCCUGGACCAACCUUGGGCACCUGCGUUCCAUGUCAGUGUAAUGGACACAGCAACCUGUGUGAUCCUGAGACCUCUCGGUGCCAGGAUUGUCAGCAUCACACUACUGGUGACUUCUGUGAACGAUGUUCUCUCGGAUACUAUGGAAUUGUCAAGGGAUUGCCAACUGACUGUCAGCAAUGUGCUUGUCCUCUGAUUUCUUCCAGCAACAAUUUCAGCCCUUCUUGUGUCAUGGAAGGUCUUGAUGAUUACCGCUGCACUGCUUGUCCACGAGGAUACGAAGGCCAGUAUUGUGAAAGGUGUGCCCCUGGCUAUACUGGCAGCCCAAGCAGCCCUGGAGGCUCCUGUCAAGAAUGUGAGUGUGACCCCUAUGGCUCGCUGCCUGUGCCCUGUGACCCUGUCACAGGGUUCUGCACGUGCCGCCCAGGAGCUACAGGGCAGAAGUGUGACGGCUGCAAACACUGGCAUGCACGCGAGGGCAUGGAGUGUAUUUUUUGUGGAGAUGAAUGCACAGGCCUUCUUCUCGGUGACUUGGCGCGCCUGGAGCAGAUGGCCAUGACCAUCAACCUCACUGGCCCGCUGCCUGCUCCAUAUAAAAUGCUAUAUGGUCUUGAAAAUAUGACUCAGGAAUUAAAGCACUUGCUCUCACCUCAGAGGGCUCCAGAAAGGCUUAUUCAGCUGGCAGAGGGCAAUCUGAACACGCUCGUGACAGAAAUGAAUGAGCUCCUGACCAGGGCUACCAAAGUGACAGCAGAUGGUGAGCAGACUGGACAGGAUGCUGAGAGGACCAACAAGAGAGCAGACUCUUUAGGAAAAUUCAUUAAGGAGCUUGCUCAGGAUGCAGAAGCUGUAAAUGAAAAAGCUGUAAAACUAAAUGAAACUCUAGGAAUUCAAGACAAGGCCUUUGAGAGAAAUUUGCAAGAGCUUCAGAAAGAGAUUGAUCAGAUGAUGGCAGAACUGAGGAGGAAAAAUCUAGAUACACAAAAGGAAGUUGCUGAAGACGAGUUGGUGGCUGCAGAAGGCCUCCUGAAGAAAGUGAAGAAGCUGUUUGGAGAAUCCCGGGGGAAAAAUGAGGAAAUGGAAAAGGCUCUCCAGGAGAAACUGGCAGACUACAAAAGCAAAGUUGAUGAUGCUCAGGACCUAUUGAGAGAAGCCACAGACAAAAUCAGAGAAGCUAAUCGCUUAUCUGCCGCAAACCAGAAUAAUAUGACUGCUCUGGAGAAAAAGAAGGAGGCUAUUGAAAGCGGCAAACGACAAAUUGAAAACACUUUAAAAGAAGGCAAUGACAUACUUGAUGAAGCCAAUCGUCUUGCAAAUGAAAUCAACUCAGUCAUAGAUUAUGUGGAAGACAUUCAAACGAAACUGCCACCCAUGUCUGAGGAGCUUAAAGAUAAAAUAGACGACCUCUCCCAAAAAACAAAGGACAAGAACCUUGCUGAGAAGGUGUCCCAGGCCGAGCGCCACGCGGCUCAGUUGAAUGACUCAUCUGCUGUUCUUGAUGGGAUCCUUGAUGAAGCUAAAAACAUCUCCUUCAAUGCCACAGCAGCCUUCAAAGCUUAUAGCAAUAUUAAGGACUAUAUUGAUGAAGCUGAGAAAAUUGCCAGGGAAGCCAAAGGUCUUGCGCAUGAAGCUACAAACCUGGCAACAGGUCCUCAGGGCUCAUUAAAAGAGGAUGCCAAAGCGUCUCUUCAGAAAAGUUUUGGGAUUCUUAAUGAAGCCAAGAAGUUAGCAAAUAAUGUGAAAGAAAAUGAUGACCACCUGAAUGGCUUGACAACCAGAUUAGAAAACGCUGAUGCUAGAAAUGGGGCUCUCUUGAGGGCUUUGAAUGACACUUUGGGAAAGUUAUCAGCCAUUCCGAAUGACACAGCUGCUAAACUGCAAGCUGUUAAGGACAAAGCAAGACAAGCCAAUGACACAGCAAAAGAUGUACUGGCUCAGAUUAAAGACCUCCACCAGAACCUUGAUGGCCUGAAGAAAAAUUACCAUCAACUAGCAGACAGCGUAGCCCAAACAAAUGCUGUGGUAAAAGAUCCUUCAAAGAACAUUGCGGAUGCAGAUGCCACUGUGAAAAAUCUAGAACAAGAAGCUGAUCGCUUGAUAGAUAAACUCAAACCUAUCAAGGAACUUGAAGAUAACCUGAAGAAAAACAUUUCUGAGAUAAAGGAACUGAUAAACCAAGCCAGGAAGCAAGCCAAUUCUAUCAAAGUAUCUGUGUCUUCUGGAGGUGACUGUAUUCGAACAUACAAGCCGGAAAUCAAGAAAGGAAGCUACAAUAAUAUCGUUGUCAAUGUAAAGACAGCUGUUGCUGACAACCUCCUUUUUUACCUUGGAAGUGCCAAAUUUGUUGACUUCCUGGCUAUAGAAAUGCGUAAAGGCAAAGUAAGUUUUCUCUGGGAUGUUGGCUCUGGAGUUGGACGAGUAGAGUAUCCAGAUUUGACUAUUGAUGACUCAUAUUGGUACCGUAUUGAGGCAUCAAGGACUGGGCGAAAUGGAACUAUUUCUGUGAGAGCCCUAGAGGGACCCAAAGCCAGCAUUGUGCCCAGUACAUACUACUCAGCAUCUCCUCCAGGGUACACUAUUCUAGAUGUGGAUGCAAAUGCAAUGCUGUUCGUCGGUGGCUUGACUGGAAAACUGAAGAAAGCUGAUGCUGUACGAGUGAUUACAUUCACUGGCUGCAUGGGAGAAACAUACUUUGACAGCAAACCCAUAGGGCUGUGGAAUUUCCGAGAAAAAGAAGGUGACUGCCAAGGAUGUACUGUCAGUCCUCAGGUGGAAGAUAGUGAGGGAACUAUUCAGUUUGAUGGAGAAGGCUAUGCUUUGGUCAGCCGCCCCAUUCGCUGGUACCCCAACAUCUCUACUGUCAUGUUCAAGUUCAGGACAUUUUCCUCAAGUGCACUCCUGAUGUACCUUGCCACAAGAGACCUGAAAGAUUUCAUGAGUGUAGAGCUCACUGAUGGGCACAUAAAAGUCAGCUAUGAUCUGGGCUCAGGAAUGGCUUCUGUUAUCAGCAAUCAAAACCACAAUGAUGGGAAAUGGAAAUCAUUCACACUGUCAAGAAUUCAAAAACUAGCCAAUAUAUCCAUUGUUGACAUAGACACUAACCAAGAAGAGAAUAUAGUAACAUCAUCUCCUGGAAAUAACUUUGGACUUGAUCUGAAAGCAGAUGACAAAAUAUAUUUUGGUGGUCUGCCAACACUGAGAAACUUGAGGCCAGAAGUAAAUUUGAAGAAAUAUUCUGGUUGUCUUAAAGAUAUUGAAAUUUCAAGAACACCAUACAAUAUACUCAGUAGCCCUGAUUAUGUUGGUGUUACCAAGGGAUGCUCUCUGGAGAAUGUUUACACAGUUAGCUUCCCCAAGCCUGGGUAUGUGGAGAUUCCCCCUGUGCCAAUUGAUGUAGGAACAGAAAUCAACCUGUCCUUCAGCACCAAGAAUGAGUCUGGGAUUAUUCUCUUGGGAAGUGGAGGGACACCAGUACCACCAAGGCGAAAAAGAAGACAAACUGGACAGGCAUAUUAUGCGAUAUUCCUGAACAAGGGCCGCCUGGAAGUGCAUCUCUCCACAGGGACACGAACAAUGAGGAAAAUUGUCAUCAAACCAGAACAGAGUCUGUUUCACGACGGGAGAGAACAUUCUGUUCAUGUCGAGAGAACUAGAGGCAUCUUUACUGUUCAAGUGGAUGAAGACAGAAGGCAUAUGCAAAACCUGUCGGUAGAACAGCCCAUUGAAGUUAAAAAGCUUUUCGUUGGGGGUGCUCCACCAGAAUUCCAACCUUCCCCACUCAGAAACAUUCCUCCUUUUGAAGGCUGCAUAUGGAAUCUUGUUAUUAACUCUGUCCCCAUGGACUUCGCACAACCUGUAUCCUUCAAGAAUGCAGACAUCGGUCGCUGUGCCCAGAAGCUGGGUGAAGAUGAGGAUGCAGCAGUUCCAGCUGAAGUCAUUAUCCAGCCACAGCCAGUUCCCACCUCCACCUUUCCUACACACACACCAUUUGUGACACAUGGUCCUUGUGCUGCAGAAUCAGAACCAGCUCUUUUGCUAGGAAGCAAGCAGUUUGGGCUUUCGAAAAACAGUCACAUUGCAAUUGCAUUUGAUGACACCAAAGUUAAAAACCGCCUCACAAUUGAGUUUGAAGUACGCACUGAAGCUGAAUCGGGCUUGCUUUUUUACAUGGCUCGGAUCAAUCAUGCUGAUUUUGCUACAGUUCAGCUGAGAAAUGGCUUGCUUUACUUCAGCUAUGACUUGGGGAGUGGUGACACCAACACCAUGAUCCCGACCAAAAUCAAUGACGGCCAGUGGCACAAGAUUAAAAUUAUGAGAAUUAAGCAAGAAGGAACUCUUUAUGUAGAUGAUGCCUCCAACAGAACGAUCAGUCCCAAGAAAGCUGACAUCCUGGAUGUUGUGGGAAUGCUGUACGUGGGCGGGCUACCCGUCAACUACACUACCCGGAGAAUUGGUCCUGUGACCUACAGCAUUGAUGGCUGCAUCAGGAAUCUCCAGAUGGCAGAGGCGCCUGCUGAUCUUGAACAACCAACCUCCAGCUUCCACGUGGGGACAUGUUUUGCAAAUGCUCAGAAAGGGACAUAUUUUGAUGGAACAGGUUUUGCCAAAGCAGUUGGUGGGUUCAAAGUGGGAUUAGACCUCCUUGUGGAAUUUGAAUUCCGUACAACUAGAACCACUGGAGUCCUUCUGGGAAUCAGCAGCCAGAAAAUGGAUGGAAUGGGAAUUGAGAUGAUUGAUGAAAAGCUUAUGGUUCAUGUAGACAAUGGUGCUGGCCGAUUCACUGCUGUCUAUGAUGCUGGAAUCCCAGGACAUCUGUGUGAUGGACAGUGGCAUAAAGUCACAGCCAACAAGAUCAAACACCGCAUUGAGCUGACAGUGGAUGGGAACCAGGUGGAAACUGAGAGCCCAAAUCGUUCCUCUACAUCAGCCGAUACAAAUGACCCUGUGUUUGUUGGGGGGUUCCCAGAUGGCCUCAACCAGUUUGGCCUGACAACUAAUGUUCGAUUCCGUGGUUGCAUUCGAUCCCUGAAGCUCACCAAGGGCACUGGCAAGCCCCUGGAGGUUAAUUUUGCCAAAGCCCUGGAACUAAGGGGCGUUCAACCAGUAUCAUGUCCAGCUAACUAAUAAAAUAAGUUUUACCCCAAGAAGGGUCUUUUAAAACAAGUUUAUCAAGUAAAACAAAUAUAUGUUACCUGUGUAUGCUAGUGAAACUAAUUUGUGCAUGUAAAUCGAAUUCUUUCUGUAUUCAGAUGGUGCUAAUUCAGAUCCAAGGCUGAAUUUUAUUUCAAGUGCUUUCUCAAAUUCAUGCAUAUUAAAUCAGUUAUUUCAUUCUAAAUAAUUGUUUGUGUAAAUUUUUAAAGAUAAAAAACAACUCACCAUAAAUUAUUGAAUUUUCAACAUGUCCCAGAGUCAUUUCAAGAUGAACUCAGAUAUAUAUUUGUGUGUGUGUGUGUGUAUAUAUGCAUAUGCAUAUGUAUUUUUUUAACAAACUCUUAUUAAUACUUUUAUCAUUAUUUUCCAUGUAUGUCAGCUUUGGCUUUCUGUCCAGGCCACUUGGAAACAACAGUGGAUUUGUCAUGUUUGAUUGGGAACAAAUCAGCUCCCUGACUCCUCAUGUUUGUGAAAGCAUUAGCAAGUCAUUUCCCUGAUUCAGGUUCAUUAUUAGAGAGUUUAACUAGCCGUAAGAAUGAAUACCUUUUUAUGCUGAAGGCAGAGAGUAUAGAUCAAAUUCAGCCUGAGAGCUUAAUGACUUGAUUUUCUUGUUUGAUAAUGAUUUAUAGGCUUUGGGGAAAUACCAGAACCAAGUUCCAGAAUGACAAAUUAAGCAUACAUUUGAUACUACAGUACUAAGGCUUUGGGCUCUACAUUUUCAGUGAAUAUAGCAAUCUACACUUAGGAGGAAAGCAGUAAUGCUGGAAUGUGCUUUUACUUACCAAGGAACAAUAAACCAGGAACUUAAAGGCAUUCAUCUUUGAGUCUUCUUGGAGUUGUAAUUUCACCUAACUUCAUUUCAUUCAAAAACUUCUAUUUUGUUGUUCUCUUUUUGCCCACUAUUUCAAUAAUCUUCAAAGGGGUCUGUAAGAGUAGAUUAUAUUUAUCACCUUAAGAAGGAAACAUUUCAUUUGCCAUCUUCAAUAGAAUAUUUUAGUCUAAUAAUGCAAAACAUUUAAAAGAACAGACUUACCCCCCAACAGAGUGAUAAUUUUAGCAGAAGGGUAAUUCUCUCUGACAGUGUUGUCUGUUGGGGAAAGAAGGUGCUGUUUCUAAAUCAGGAGAGAGGCAACACACUCAGCAUUUCAUCAUUGAUUAGUGGCUUGAUAUGAUUUGCUCAUACAGUGCAUUCUAGAGCAGGUGACUUUCAUUUUCCUCCAUUUUGAAUUACCUGAGAAGCUUUAAAAAGCUGGUGCCUCCAUAGUGAUUGGACCAGUUUGCACUCCCACCAGCAGUACAGGAGAGUUCCUUUUUCUCCACAUCCUCGCCAACAUUUGUUGUUGCUAGUUAUUUUAAUAUGUGCCAUUCUCACUGGUGUAAGAUGGUAUCUCAUUGUAGUUUUGAUUUUCAUUUCCCUGAUUACAAGUGAUGUUGAACAUUUUUCAUAUGCCUGUUGGCCAUUUGCAUUUCCUCUUUGGAGAAGUUUCUUUUUAGCUCUUCUGCCCAUUUUUUUGACUGGGUUGUUUCAUUUUUUUUGUUGUUGUUGUUGAGUCUCCAUUAUGGAGAGCUGUGUGGAGAUUCCUUAAUCUGCUAAAGAUGGAGCUACCAUAUGAUCCAGCAAUUCCACUCCUAUGUAUUUACCCAAAGGACACAGAAACAUUACUUCAAAAGGGCACCUGCACCCCUAUGUUUAUAGCAGCACUAUUUACAAUAGGUAAGCUAUGGAAACAACCCAAAUGCCCAAAAAUAGAUGACUGGAUCAAGAAGAUGUGGUACAUAUACACAAUUGAAUAUUACUUAGCAAUCAAAAAAGAUAAACUCAUGCAAUUUGCAGCAACAUGGAUGGAGCUGGAAGGGAUCAUGUUCAGCAAAAUAAGUCAGAAAGAAAAAGAACAAUACCAGAUAGUCUCACUCAUAGCAGGAAUUUAGAAAACCUAAAUAAAGGACGAGGAAAAAGACUAAUUAUAAUAAAGUAAAAAUCAAAAUCAACAAGCAACUAUCAACCAGCGACACACUGUGGGGUGGUGGGGGGAGACAGGAGUAGGAUCAAAA